AUGGAGAAACUUUUGCAGUGGUCCAUUGCGUCGCAAAGCGGCGACAAGGAGACCAUGGACAAGAUCGGCAAGCCCGACCCUGAGAUGCUCAGCAAGCUCUUUGGCAAUGGUCCCGAUGAGCCUACUUUAAUGAAGCAGUCCAUCGAAGUGGUGGAGAACCCAGAAGCCACAGACGAAGCGAAAGAAACGGCCUUAGAAAACUUCGAGAUGCUUGUGGAGAAUUUAGAUAAUGCCAACAACAUCGAGAAUCUCAAGCUCUGGCCUAGCGUGAUUGCCCAGCUCCUGAGCUCCAAUCUCAAUCUUAGUGUGCUCGCGGCAUCGAUCAUUGGAGUAGCGACACAAAACAAUCCAAACUCACAAAAGGCAUUCCUUGAAAAAGAGAAUGGCUUGGAGAUCUUGAUUAAUUUGGUAAAAGCGGACUCCACUCCACGAGAAUUGGCCCUCAAAGCUCUAUUUGCAUUGUCCUGCUUUGUCAGGAACUACCCUGAGGCAACCGAACGGUUUACAAACUUGGGAGGCUGGGAAGCUCUUCACUUGCAGGGCUCCCAUGAAGAUCACAAGCUUUUGUUACGUAAGCUCUCAUUGACAUCAGCACUCUUGUCUACUGGCUUGGACGAAAAGAAGCUUGAUCAUUUUAAAAACUCCCGAUUUGUCGACAACUUGAUCUCCACUUUUGACUCACAAAAUGUUGGAUGCAUUGACAAAGCACUUAAUAUCAUUUCUCAGCUUCAGAGUCUUCAGUAUAAGUUCACGAGUGACGAAAUCAAGAGAUUAGUAAGCCAGCUUGAAUCUGUCAGUCAUCUCAAGGACAAAUUUAAUGAAGAGGAUUACCACACGGCCACGAUCAUUGCUUCUCAGUAA